ACACAUUCACUGAAUGAUUCAGUGGGUAGUAUAGUGUUUAAUGCUGCAUCUUAUUGCUAUACUAGUCCUGCUGCACUGCCUGUGAAUCCUGUUCUAUAUAAAUGAGUAAACUAUUUAUUUGUUUGUCUAAUAUUACAAGCUGCCUUGGAAAAUGGUAUUAGGUAAAUAAAACUAAAUAAUAGCUGCAGCAGCAGGCACCACAGUGGUUUGAGUGCCUGUCUCUAGACUUGGGAGGUCUUAAGUUCAAAUCACACCCUCUGUUAUAGUAACCUUGAGCAAGGUACUUCCCGUAAGUUGCCACAGUAAAAGUCACCCAGAUACAUGAUACAGCAAAAUCAAACAGUAAAUAUAUGCUACUGUUCUAGUUGAACACUGCAUGUCCACUAUUUCCAACACAAACAAAGUCUUCAGUUUUGUGCAUUGAUUAUUGAAUACAUUUACAUGUUUUGUUGAGACUUUUCUACAAAGCUGCUAAUUAUGCUGAGCUGCUUAGAAUGAUUUACUCAUUUCUACGUAGUCAUGAGAAAUGUUGCGCUUUUGCUUUGUGUUUUUUAACGCAUGAAUUGUCACGUGUGUUGUUCAGCUCAAUAAACAUGGUGCGUGUUUGCGAGGCCUUGAGUCAGAGGAUGUCUCCUCGGACAAACUCGGAGGGAGCCAAGUCUAAAGUAACCAGUCCUAAGGAGAACUGGCAUGGGUGUAUGCGGAAGACGUCCAGAGGAGCAGUUCGGAGCCAGAGACGGAGACGUUCGAAGUCUCCCAUUCUUCAUCCUCCGAAGUUCACCUACUGUAGCUCCAAAAUGUCCCCACCACCAGGGAAUUUCAAACAUAAGAGCCUGUCAGAAGCAGAAGAUGGCAGAGCAUUGCUAGGCAUUGCACCCAAGAAGGACCUGCUGACCUCUGGCCAGUCCUCUCCAGUGUUUGGUGCUGCUGGUUAUGAAUCCUACACCCCCAAGUCUCAGGGAGAGGCAGCAUCCCCAGAAAUUGACUUCAAACAACCUUCUGUUUCUGACAUGGCAGCAGGUACGCCAAGAGUGGGUCAGAACCACAGUGUUGUUCUCCGUUCGGAGAAAGCAGCAAGUGCUGUUGCACCUUCUGACUUCCAGUCUCUGUCAAAGCUGCACGAAACCACUGGGUUCCCAUGUCAAGAGAAGGGGUGCCAGUGCCAAGGCUGGCAGGGGGUCGAGGUGUACUCCUUCACAGGUCUGCGGGAUGUCAUCUCAGAAUGCGAGAGGAACCUGACUGGUGCUGAGGAUAUGUCCCAGACUUCACCGCAGCGGCGAACUCAGUGUGCCUCUGGGAAUUCUGGCUCUCCACGCUCCUGCUCAGAACAAGCUCGAGCCUACGUGGAUGACAUCACGAUAGAGGACCUUUCCGGCUACAUGGAAUACUACCUGUAUAUUCCCAAGAAGAUGUCACAUAUGGCUGAGAUGAUGUACACUUAAAGAAAAAGGAAAGGGUAUUGGGGAUGAUAAUAAAUGGUUUCACAAGAAAUUAUAAUCCAACAACCAUCAGAGCAAUCUGUUUACUCAGCGUUAUUUUUUGCUUAAUUUACGGAAUUUGUGCUGAAACAUAUGGAGGUAUUUCAGUUUUUUAGGGGCUUUUUCAAUCUCUGGUUUACAUGAUACAAUUUUGCCAAAGCUCUUGCGGAUACUACAGGUGUGAUUAAUGGUAUGUGCUAACUUCUUAUGCCAAGAUAAGUUAUGUUUUUCAUGGCUAAUAC